ACGAAUAAAAAACUUCCGCAAGCAUCGAUUCCCUCAAUUGCAUGUGUACUACUUACUAUAUGUUGGGUCUCAUGCCGGAUUUAGCCUUUGAGCGUCAAACAUUAAAAGAGGACAUUGUCAGAUGGAACAACUGGCAUAGAUGGGACCAUUGUCAAUUUUUAGUGUUUCCUCAUCGCAGCAAUCCGUUAGCUGGUUACCAAUCGCCUGAUAGCUUGUCAGCAUAAGUUAGGCAUGCAUUUGCAGCUCAAACAUAGUGGCAUAAGUUACCAGCAAGCUAACAUUAGCUUGCAAACAAGAGCCACUCGUUAAAAUCCUAAAUUAGUUAGCACUGUAAGUAAGCAUACGUUGGAUAAGAAUGCCGCAACUACAGGAGUCAGAGGAAAGUACCCCUUUGUUGAAAGGCGAUCUUGGCAGUGAUGAAGCUCCUGAGACAGCACUCCAGUGUAGGAGUCGCUGGAGGUCCAUUCGGGUCAUGUACUUCACCAUGUUCCUCAGCAGUGUCGGUUUCACCAUUGUGAUCACAUCAAUAUGGCCCUUUCUGCAAAAGGUAGACAAAAGUUCCAGCGCCAGCUUUCUGGGUUGGGUGGUUGCUGCCUACAGCCUCGGGCAGAUGGUGGCAUCUCCACUCUUCGGUCUGUGGUCCAAUCACAGGCCUCGAAAGGAGCCGCUGAUGUGCUCCAUCCUUAUCAAUGUCGCAGCAAACAUUCUGUAUGCCUACGUGACCCUGCCACCCUCACACAACAAGUACUACAUGCUAAUGGCUCGAACAUUUGUUGGAUUUGGUGCAGGAAAUGUGGCUGUUGUCAGAUCCUAUGUUGCUGGUGCAACAUCGCUAAGUGAGAGGACAGGAGCAAUGGCCAACAUGAGUGCCUGUCAGGCCCUGGGCUUCAUAAUGGGUCCAGCUCUGCAAGCUGGUUUGUCCUUCAUCGGUGAGACUGGCUUGUGGCUUAAGGUGUUGGACCUGAAGCUGAACAUGUACACGGCCCCCGCAUUGCUGGCUGCCUGCUUCGGGGUCAUUAACAUCCUCUUGGUUCUCAUAGUGUUGAGGGAGCAUCGUGUGGAUGACCAUGGCAGACACAUGAACACAAUCAAUUACACUUCAGAAGAACAAGUGGACGUGGCACCAAGCAUGGAGGGCAACAUCGACCUAGUCGCUGUCGUCACAUCCAACAUUCUUUUCUUUGUUGUCCUAUUCAUUUUUGCUGUCUUUGAGACGAUAUCCACACCCCUUUCUAUGGACAUGUUCGCCUGGACCCGCAGGCAGGCGGUGCUUUACAAUGGCAUCAUACUGGCCUGCAUCGGUUUUGAGUCCAUCCUGGUGUUCCUAGUGGUGAAGCUCAUAUCAAAAAUGGUGGGGGAUCGUCCAGUCCUGCUGGGGGGUUUUGCCAUCAUCUUCUGUGGAUUCUUUGUCCUCUUUCCCUGGGGAAACCAGUACCCCAAAAUCCAGUGGUCAGACCUCCAGAACGGCUCCACGCAUGGGCUGCAGAGAAUCUCCUCAUCUGCCAACUCCACCCUGGAGCCCACAGGCUGCCCUGCUGUGCAGACAUGGUGCCAGUUCACCCCUGCCGUCCAGCUGGCCCAGUACAUCACUGCCGAUGUCCUGAUAGGGGUGGGAUAUCCAGCCUGCAAUGUCAUGUCUUACACUCUGUACUCCAAAAUCCUGGGACCCAAACCUCAGGGCAUGUACAUGGGCUGGCUGACUGCAUCAGGCAGUGCGGCAAGGGCACUAGGUCCUGUGUUUGUCUCUCAGGUAUACACCCUUCUGGGCCCGCGCUGGACCUUCAGCCUGAUUUGUGGUGCAGUGCUUGCAGCCCUCAUCCUUCUGUCCGCUACAUACCAGCGUCUCAUUGCCUUCUCAGUGCGCCAUGGCCGCAUACAGGAAAACUCCCAUUCAGGCGCUGAAACUCCUCCCACAUCCUUCAUGCGAAAGUAGACCAGGACAAGGAUCAGACCUGGCCAUGAGUUCAGAGCCAUUGGUUCUACUUUUCAGGAUCCAACGGAGACCCUUAACUAGUCCUGACUCUUCUACAUACCUGCCUAUUACCUACUAUUCCUGAUUGAGCAGUCAGCGAUUGGCUCUGGGGAGCCUUUAGAGCUGUUUCCUUUGUUAAAUUAAUAACUUUAUGUCUGUUAGGCUGGAGAAGCUCUAUUUCUGGCUCCCGAACUUGCUGUUCCAUCAACUAAUCAGGUGUGUAAGUGCUUGGUUGGAACAAACACCUACACACCACACCAGCCCUUUCUGGGGAAGGUAUAGGCUGUGUUCGAAACCACAUACUACCCUACUACUCAUACUAAAUUUCAGGCUGAUUUUCAUCGAAAUGCGAAUAGUAUUUCCACACAACCGGAGUAUCCCUACUCUAGACCAGUGUUUCUCAAAUGUUGUGCUAUUGUGUCUUGUACCUUUCAAUUGAUACUGCACAACAAUGAAAAUGCGGAGACCGCCUUUUAAAUCCCGCUUGUUUAAUGAACUGGUUUUCUCAAUCUAACAUUCACACACAGAUGCAAUAGUGUCUUUUCCACACUACGGAAACCAAUAAAUAUGUAAUUUGUCAUAAA